AUGAGCAGGAGUUUACCAUUGAUUGCUUCAUCAGAAGUAUCCAAGCACAACACUGAAUCAGAUUGUUGGGUCACUUUAUACCAACGUAAAAUAUACAAUGUCACCUCAUUUCUUGAUCAACAUCCAGCUGGUGGUGAUAUCAUCUUGCCUUAUGCUGGUAAGGAUGUUACCGAGAUCAUGGCUGAUAUAACUAGUCAUACCCACUCUGAAUCAGCUUAUGAAAUGUUAGAUGAUGAUAUGUUGGUUGGUUACAUGGCUACUGAAAUUGAAGAACGUGAAUUGAUCAACAAUAGAAACAACACUCCUGUCGAAAUGAAGUUGGUUGGUUCAAAUGAGUAUUCCCAAGGUACUGCCGGUGGUGAAGAAGAGUUCGAUACCUAUGUCUUCCAUGACCACUUGCCAGCCGUGGAGAAAUUAUCUAUUCAAACUGAUUUCGCUGAAGAUGCUAAGAAACACAAAUUCUUGGAUUUGAACAAACCUUUAUUGAUGCAAUUGUUACGCAGUAAUUACACCAAGGACUUCUAUCUUGAUCAAGUGCAUAGACCCAGACACUAUGGUAAAGGAUCAGCUCCUUUAUUUGGUAACUUUUUGGAACCGAUUUCAUUAACUCCCUGGUGGGUAGUUCCAUUGGUUUGGUUACCACCAAAUAUGUACAUCUUUUACGUUGGAUUUGUUAACCAGAGUCCCAUUGUUGCUUUAAGUCUUUGGGCUAUGGGAUUAUUUGUUUGGACAUUGGUCGAAUACUGUUUGCAUAGGUUCAUAUUCCAUGUUGACUAUUUAUUACCUGAUCAUCCAUAUUUCUUAACUUUGCAUUUCCUUUUGCAUGGUGUUCAUCAUUAUUUACCUAUGGAUGGGUACAGAUUAGUCUUACCGCCAACCUUAUUUAUUGUUUUGGCUUAUCCUUUCUAUAGAAUCGUGUUUGGCCUUUUACCAUUUUAUAUGGCUUGUUCAGGAUUUGCUGGUGGUACUUUGGGUUAUAUCAUGUAUGAUGUUACUCAUUACGUCUUGCAUCAUACAAAAUUACCCAAAUUUUUCCAAGAGUUGAAAACGUAUCAUUUGGAACAUCAUUAUAAGAAUUAUGAAAUGGGAUUUGGUGUCACUAGUAGGUUUUGGGAUGUUAUUUUCGAAACUGAAAUCCAUGAUACUUUUGAAAAGAGAGCAUAA